AUGGGUGACUCUGGAGCUCCGCCUAUUCCCGGCCCGUGGGGUUUCCUCACCUCCGGCUAUUUCAUCGGGCUUUUCAUCAUGGCCUUCCUCCUGAACCGGAUCCAGAACAUCGUUGUUCCCCCGCGGCGUCCUCUGGCGUUCCGCCUGCAUCAAAGUCAACUAGACCACCAACGACGACACUCGCACUCGUGGUAUCACAUAUUACUAGGCGCGUUCUUCCCGGUCGACUUUUCGUCCACCUUCUCUCGGACCGUUUUCCGCCUUCCAUCAAUAUACUUGCUCGGCAAGGCUCUCCUCCUUUGGGCCGGCGUCCUUCUGCAAGUCCAAGAACCCUCGGCUUUCGAGCGUUUUGCUUGGAUCAAGCCCCUCGAGGGAUGGGUGAUGGAGAAGAAGCUGGAGGAUGUCUGCUGGUACACAUUUCUAUCCGCCUGCCUUGCGCUCUGCAUCGGUACUCUUACUACCGGACUGGAAGGCCUCAACAUCAACGAUAGUGCCCCUUUCAAUCUGUUCUCUUUCGCGUUCCAACUGUACGUAGAAUCCGCCUCGCACGCGGAGCCCAAAGAAGGCGAAGACCUCCCCCGCCCUAAUGUGCAUGUGGCCGUGACCAUUCUCCUCCCCCUCUUUCAACUCGCCGUCAUGCACACACUCGAGAUCAAGCCUCAUUGGUCGCGCUUCCGGCUUGCAUUCUCCAGCGCCACAAGUGCGCUCGCGCUCGCUCACUUCCACUACGUCCUUUGGCUCUCCGACAGCCCCUACCCUCUCACGACAUACGCCGCGCGUGUCGUCGAAUCCCUCAUGCUGUCCGUGAUCGCGCUCACGGUCACCCUCAACGCCCUCACCCAACUCCUCGCCGAAGGCGCCCUCACGCGCCCGCUCUUCGCACACGCCGCGCUCAUGCCCCGCGCCGACGAAGACUUCACCGUCGCCCUCUUCCGCCUCGGCACUGCAAGCAUGGAGGCGACCGCGGUCGCCGGACUCGGCAACGAAGUCGCCGCCGUCGCCAGCACGCACGCCUUCCCCUCUUCGCACCGCCGGCGCACCCCCUCGCCAGCACCGGGCCCGGACGAUGGCGACGGCGAGCUCGAGAUCGACCGCACGGGCGUGUCCGGGCUCGGCGCGCGCCGCGGAUUCGCGCACGAGAUCACUCGCGUGCGCGUCAAGGCCGCGAGCACCGACUUCUGGAUGGACACUGUCCUGAACGUCGCGUGGCAGCGGCACUGCGGGACGUUCCUCGGGAGCGCGUGGCGCGCGAUGCAGCGGGUCGUGCAGGCGGGGUGGGCGGGGGUGUGCGCCGUGGAGAUCAUCGCGCGGCCGCCGAACGUGCAGUGGAAGCAGGCGCGGACUCAAUCGGAGGCACAAGGCGAGGCGCGCGCGAGGGGCGAGGAGGUGCACACGGAUCUGUAUGCGCGGUUCCUGCGGGGCGAGGAGGUGAGUGACGACGAGGAAGAGUUCGUGCCGGAAGACCGCGCGACUCCGGCGCCAGACGCACCCAGCGAGGGCGACUCCGACGAUGGCGAAGGCGAGCGUUUCGAGUCUGCCUCGGAGCACGACGGCGACGAUGAACUGGAACACGCGCGCCUGUACGCGGACCUCUCCACCUCGGCCGACAUGGCCUCCGCACCACUCCUGCUCGCGCACAUGAUGGAUGGAUCUUCGACUCCGCUCACGCGGACCGCGUACCGAAGACUCGCCGCAGGGCCACCGCGCGACGCUGUGGAUCCGAUCGACGAGUGGGACGCGUUCGUGGACGUGCGUCGGGCGGAGAAGCGUGCGCGGAUGCCGGAAGACGAGAACCCGCGGACAUGCGUGAUCUGCACCGUCGAGCCACGAGACAUCAUAUGCUGGCCCUGCCGGUGUCUGGCGUUGUGCGACGAUUGUCGGGAUAACCUCGCGUCGCGGUCUGCAGCGUCGAAGCAUACAUGCCCGUGUUGUCGUCGGAGCGUUGAGGGGUACUCGAAGAUCUACAUUCCGUAG